UCAAUGCUGCUUUACGGUGAGCAAGCGCCGUCACAGUGAGAUAUAUGUCGCUAAAUGGAGACUGUUUAAGUAAAGAGGACAAAGAGAAUAUUAUGGAAAGUUCGAGGUCACUGCCAGAAAUAAAUAGAUCGAAGUUUGUGAGUUUGACCGAAAAUUCUAAAGACGAAAGACCUCGAAGCGAAAUCAAUGAUGCGGCUCGAAGCAGAAGGUUAACCGCUAAAGGCGAAGCAUAUGUCGAAAACAAGUUACUUCAGGAUCGAACGUUAGCUGGCGCCGCUCUUCGAAGGAAAAUUACCUACAUAAAUCGUAUGCUCGAACAGCCGAAUGAAAUUUCAGUUUUAGAAAAGCUACGAGAAGACUUAGAUUCAUUGCGAGAAAGAUUAGACGAAGCACAUCAAAUCUAUUAUUCAAAAAUUAAUCCUGGUGAAAUCAAUGAAGCGUACCAAUGGUAUGAUAUCCGAGAUCGUGAACAUUUUCAAUGCCGUAGAAGAAUUAACGAAGCAAUAAAGCAACAAGAACUUGUGAUGGCACCCGAACGUUUUUCACAGAGAAGUUCGCGUUCAAAAUCAUCACGUUCGUCGGGAAGUUCAUCGUCGUCCGUGCGUUCUAGAUUAGCGAAAGCCGCAGCCAAAGCUGCAACACUUCAAAUCGAAAUGGAUUUUAUUGAUCGAGAAGCAGAGCAUAAAAGGCAGAAAAUGUUAAAGGAAAUCGCCAAAGCUAAAGCCGAAGAAAAAGCUAUGAAAAAAUUAGAGGAAGAAUUCGCGUUAAAAGAGACAAUUUCGACCCACCAAAAUAAUGAUAUGGAGGCUUAUUUUGAAGCAAACAACCAUCGCGUGAUAAAUGUUAAAGAAUCUGGUCAACCGAGACAUGUUGAGCGUACAGUCCUGGACUCGAGUUCGUGUAUUCACAAGGACGAUCCUAUUAAGCAAGAGUUCGUUCCCGAGCAAAUUGAUCCUACACUAUUGGAAAGUCAACAAGAUGGGUUCAUCCCAAAGGUCGAGUUGAAUAAAGCACGAGAUAACUCAAAUCAUAAGCAACAAAAUGAAACUGGUACUGUUGGUUCAGUAUUGAUGCAAUUGGCAAAACAACAAGUUUUGAACUCUUUGCCCCAACAGCAACCACCCGUGUUUUCUGGAAAUUAUUUCGAUUAUCCUUACUUCGUGAGUGCAUUUGACUCGUUGAUUGAAGCCAAAGUUGACGACCCGAAGCAGAGACUUUAUUAUUUGAAUCAGUUUACUAGCGGUGAAGCCAGGGAGAUGAUUAAAGGCCUGGUCACUUUGAAUUCACCAGAUGCGUACAGCAAAGCAAGAAAUAUUCUCAAAGAACGAUUUGGACAUCCAUAUCGCGUUGCACAAGCAUACAAAGAAAAGUUAAUGAGCUGGAGUCCUAUUAAAGACUCGGGAGAUGGUGUUAAUCUACAGAGACUCUCAGAUUUUCUUGUUCAAACUGAAGAAGCUAUGAAAACAAUUGAGUAUAUGGAAGUGUUAAACAACGAAGAUAUCUUGAAGAAAAUCUGCUCAAAACUACCUAAUUUCGCCAUUCCAAGAUGGUGUCGAUGUGCCAAUGAAAUUCUUACGAAGGGGAAUAUGGUUAAAUUUCAUGACUUUGUCGAGUUCGUGAAAGCUGAAGCAGAAUUCGCAACAAAUCCAGUUUUUUCUCCAUACGCUAUUAAAGAAGAGAGAAAGGGUGAUAAGAAGUAUGAAACUAGAGAACAAAAUUCCCGAUAUUGGAGAAGAAAUGAAAAUUCAAGCAGCUUUCGCACUCAGCUUGGUUCCCAAACACCGAAAGGCGGAGUGAAGACCCUCGUAAUGCGUAAGUGUAUUCUGUGUACAGAGAAUCAUCCAUUAGCAAGUUGUCAGAAGUUUAAAGAAAUGAAAUUGAAAGACAGGAUAGACUUCGUUAGAAAGAAGGAAUUGUGUUUUGGAUGUCUUGGUAUGGGUCAUCUGUCAAACCGAUGUCUCGCAAGAAAGAAGUGUGACGUCUGUCAACUAAAGCACCCCACUCUAUUACACGAUCCAGCUAGGUGUGGUUCUAAGAAGGAGUGUUCGACUCAAACUCCGACAGAUAACCAGAGUGUAACGCCUAACAAUGACACUAUGGAAAACUCUAUAAGCGUAUGUAAUGCUACUGAAUCCAGUCACGGGUGUAACGAAGACACAACAAGUUCCAUGAUCUUACCAGUAUGGUUGUACCACCAAGAAGAUCCAGAUAAUCAAAUAAUGGUGUAUGCUCUAUUGGAUCCGGCAAGCAACGGAACAUUUAUCAAGACUGAAACUCUGAACAAACUCGGAAGAAAGGGUAAAGAUAUUAAUCUGCGUCUUAACACCAUGCAUGGCAGUGAAAUAAUUACAACACAGAAGAUCACUGGUCUUAAAGUAGAAGAUCUGGAAAGAACCACCCAAAUUGAGUUACCAAAGGCUGUCUACUGUCGAAGUGAUAUUCCAUCGAGGAGAAGCGAGAUCCCUCGUCCUGAAAUGGCUAACAAGUGGGACCACUUAUGUGAACUAACCACGAAAUUAAAUCCGUACCAAGAAAGAAUAGAGAUUGGUCUGCUAAUAGGAUCAAAUUGUCCAAAAGCAAUCAAGCCACAAGACGUCAUACCUGGAAACGAAAAUGACCCGUAUGCAAUUAGAACUCUUCUUGGUUGGGGAAUAAUUGGUCCUGUUUCCACGAUUGAGCAUAAUGAUCUCGUACAAGAUCGAUUUUCGUGUAACAGAAUUAUCACGACGGAGAUUGCGUCACAAAAACAGUCUGGUGUUAUCUUUGUUCCUGAAAGUCACGUGAAAGAAAUUAUCGAUCCAACGGCAAUUGUUAGGAUGUUCGAACUUGAUUUCAACGAAAGAUGUGAUGCUGCUGUCAAGUAUUCGUCAGUUGAUGACCAGACAUUCUUAAGAAAGGUUUCUGAGGGAAUUCAUCUUAGAGAAGAUGGACAUUACGAGAUUCCUCUGCCGUUCAAGGAGAAUGAUAUCAAGUUACCCAACAACAGAAAGUUAGCAUCGUAUCGCUUACAACAGUUAAAGUCGAGAUUUGAGAAAGAUGACAAGUAUAAGAAAGAUUACGUUACAUUUGUGAAUGAUAUGAUAAAGAAAGGAUAUGCAGAACGAGUUCCACCCUCAGAAGUUACAACCGAAGAAGGCAAAUGUUGGUACAUUCCACAUCACGGUGUCUACCAUCCUAAAAAACCAUCGAAGAUUCGUGUAGUAUUUGAUUGCUCCUCGCAGUAUAAAGGAGAAUCCAUCAACAAGUAUUUGUUGCAGGGCCCAGACCUUACGAAUAAGCUGAUUGGAGUGCUGACAAGAUUUCGACAAGAAACUGUUGCCUUCACAACUGAUAUAGAAGCGAUGUUCCAUCAAGUUAAAGUUACGAAAGAAUGUCAAGAUUUCCUUCGUUUCCUUUGGUGGCCAAACGGGGAGACGAGUGAAGAGAUUGAAACUUAUCGGAUGACAGUUCAUUUAUUUGGAGCGACAUCGUCUCCGGGGUGUUCAAAUUUCGCGUUGAAACGAACAGCCGAUGAUAACGAACAAGAGAUUGGAAAGAAUCCGGCAGAAUUCUUGCGAAAGAAUUUUUACGUCGACGAUGGGCUUAAGUCUGUUUCUUCUAACCGUGAAGCUGUAACCUUGAUAAGACAAGCGAAAGAAAUGUGUGGGCGUGGCGGAUUUAAUUUAUGCAAGUUCAUAAGCAACAGAAGAAAAGUCAUCGAAGAAAUUCCUCAACAUGAUCGAGCAGACGCUGUUAAAGACCUUGAUCUCGAAGCCCUACCAAUCGAAAGAACGCUGGGUGUACAAUGGUCCAUCGAAGCUGACAACUUUGAAUUUCGAAUUAUUUUACAAGACCGACCACUAACAAGACGUGGAAUUCUUGCAACAGUUUGUUCCAUUUAUGAUCCAUUGGGUUUUGUAGCGCCGAUAAUCUUGACUGGGAAACGAAUUCUCCAAGAUCUUUGUCGCAACCAAGUGGACUGGGAUGAUGAAAUUCCGGCGAAUCUAAAGAUGAAAUGGGAAAAAUGGCGAAAUGAACUGCCCUGUCUAAAAGAAUUAUCAAUUCCGAGAUGUUUCAAACCAGAAGAGUUUGGUGAGAUUAAAUCUGCCGAACUUCACAACUUCUCUGAUGCAAGUAACAUUGGAUAUAGUCAGUGUUCCUAUCUUCGCUUGGCCAAUGCUGAAGGAAAGAUUCAUUGUUCACUGGUCAUGGGAAAGGCAAGAGUCAAUCCACUUAAAACCGUAUCUAUACCUCGAUUGGAACUGACAGCAGCAUUAGUUUCCGCAAAGGUAAAUGAUUUAAUGAAAUGUGAACUUGAGUAUGACAUCAAGAAGGAAACAUUUUGGACGGAUAGUCAAAUUACUCUGGGAUACAUUGGAAAUGACUCCAAGAGAUUUCACGUGUACGUCGCGAAUCGUGUUGCUCAAAUCCGCUCGAAGACCACUAAAGAACAAUGGAAUUACAUCGAUUCAAGUUCUAAUCCAGCUGAUGACGGAUCCCGAGGCAUGUCAGCAAUGCAAUUCCUGAAGAAUCCAAGAUGGAUAACAGGCCCAAGAUUUCUAUGGCAACCUGAAGACCAAUGGAUUGAACCUACCCCAAUCGAAGUUAUCCCAUUAGAAGAUCCCGAAGUUAAACAAUCCUGUUUUUCCACCAAUGUGAAAGAAACAUGGUCCCUCGGUAAAGCAAUGGAAACUUUCUCUACUUGGCAAGGUGCAAGAUCAGCGGUCGCCAUUUGUCUGAUAUAUCGGUUGAAGCUGCUGAACAAAGUCAAGGUGAACCAAUCCACAGUUAAAGACAAUAUAUCAUCUGGCAAUAAGUUAACGGUGACGGUUGAAAACUUGCGGAAGGCAGAAAUCGAAAUUUACAGAUCAGUGCAAUUGACUCAUUUUGAAAAAGAAGUACAUGCGUUAAAAGUAGAUGAACAGAAUACAGGUGAAAGUUGUGGAGAAGACAUUCUUCCAAAUUCCAACUACGUGACGAAGUCAAGUCCGUUGUAUCGUCUGAAGCCAUUUCGCGACGCCCUUGGAAUAUUACGAGUUGGUGGUCGAAUUAAGCACGCUGACGUCCCUUAUGAUUCGAAAUUUCCAAUUAUUCUCCCUCGGAGCAGUCACGUAACAGUUUUGGUAAUACGAUAUUAUCAUGAAAAAGUUGCUCAUCAAGGUCGCGGGAUAACGUUAAAUGAAAUUCGAAGCAACGGUCUGUGGAUUAUUGGAGGAUCAUCUGCGGUAGCAUCUACCAUAAGACAAUGUGUUACAUGUCGAAGGUUAAGAGGUAUUGCACAAGAACAAUUGAUGGCAGAUUUACCAGAAGAUAGAUUUGAACAAGCAGCACCUUUCACCUAUUCUGCUGUUGAUUACUGUGGGCCAUGGUAUAUAAAAGAACGUCGAAAGGAACUUAAAAGAUACGUUGCUCUCUUUACUUGCAUGGCAUCUCGAGCAGUUCAUCUUGAAGUUUCCAAUACCAUGGACACGGACUCGUUUAUACAAGCCUUAAGACGUUUCCUAUGUCGGCGAGGUCCAGUGCGUCAACUAAGAAGUGAUAGAGGUUCCAACUUUAUUGGUGCUCAACGCGAAUUACGUCAAGCAUUGGAAGAGAUGAAUGAGGAGAAAAUUCGAGUUGAACUUUUAAAGCAUAAUUGUGAUUGGAUUGAAUUCAAAAUGAAUGUGCCCAAAGCAAGUCAUUUUGGCGGAGUCUGGGAACGCCAGAUUAGAACUGUUCGAAGUGUUUUGAAUCCUUUGAUGCGAAAUAACAGUACUUAUUUGGACGAUGAAACCUUUCGCACACUUAUGUGCGAAGUCGAAUCUAUUGUUAAUUCUCGGCCGUUGACAGUCGACAAUUUGAAUGACCCACAUUCUCUCUCACCACUUACGCCGAAUCAUCUUCUCACUAUGAAGACAAAGAUACUAUUACCACCUCCUGGCAACUUCCAAACUAAAGAAAUAUAUUCAAAGAAACGAUGGCGAAGAAUUCAACAUUUAGCAAAUGAAUUUUGGGCAAGGUGGAGAAAAGAGUUCCUUCACUCUUUACAGGAAAGAUCAAAGUGGAACAAGCCCCGCCGAAACAUUCAUACUGGAGACAUUGUACUACUAAUGGACGAAGGCGAAAUUCGAAAUAGAUGGAAACUAGCAAGAGUUGUGGAAACGUAUGCUGAUGAAGCCAAUUUAGUCAGAAGUGUUAAAUUAAUUAUCGGAGACGCCCAGUUAAGUGAUAAGGGAAGAAGACUUCGUGAUCAAUCCGUGUUAGAAAGACCAAUUCAUAAACUUGUUCUUUUGGUGGCUAAUGACAGCGAUUAACUUAAAGUUAAAAAUUAAUUUGUAUUGAGAAAUCAAAGACAUUUCUGUGGGGGGAAUGUAACUGCGUGUGUGUGUAUGCAUAAUUAAUAAGUAUAUUUAAUUUAUUCUGUUAUAUAAACAGACUUGCAAAGUGUGAUAAAUAUAUAGUCUUGCGUAAGAAUCAGUAAAGUGAACAUUAAGCGUUAGUAAAGAGAACACUAAAAAUAAUCUAAAGACAUCAUUAUAUCUCACGGAUACUUCCCAUAAAGAGUUUAACAAGGGAAAGACCGUCGAGAUACCGUUGAAUCGGUUAUUGUAAAGUAAUAAAAUUAAAGAGAUUUAAUCAGUCUUGUGUGUUAAAGUCAAUGCUUUACG